UCCGGGGCUGCGGGCGGGAACUACCGCUCCCAGGGAGCAGCGGGGCGGUGGCGGGUCGGGUCGGGUCGUGCCGGGCCGCGGUGGGAGCGGGCCGUGCCCGGCGGGGCGCAGCAUGGAGAGCCCCGCGGUGACCUUCACGUUGGCCUACCUGGUGUUCGCCGUCUGCUUCGUCUUCCCGCCCGACGAGGUGCGCUCGGCAGGGCUGACGGUGCAGAGCCUGCUGGCCGCCUGGCUGGGCAGCGAGGACGCGGCCUUCGUGCAGUACCACCUGCGGCGCAGCACCGGCACGCUGCUGGCGCACUCCCUCCUGCCCCUGGGUUAUUACCUUGGUAUGUGCUUUGCUGCACCUGAAAAGCAUCUUUGUUUUUUCUACCUGGCUUCAAAAGGAUGGAAAACUUUCUUCUUCUUCGCUGUUCUCUUUCCAGCAGUCACCAGUGCCCUGGCAUAUUACUGGUCACGGAAAGGUUGGAAUAAUCAUCCCUUAGCCCGAACACUUGCUGUGCAUGCUCUCCCACAGUCAGGUUGGAGGGCAGUAGCUUCCUCCAUCAAUACAGAAUUUAGGAGAAUCGACAAAUUUGCUACCGGAGCCCCAGGAGCGAGGGUGAUCGUUACGGACACGUGGGUGAUUAAAGUGACCACCUACUGUUUACAUGUUGCCCAGCAGCAGGACAUUCAUUUGACAGUGACAGACUCCAGACAGCAUGAACUCACGCCAGACUCAAAUAUGCCUGUGCAGUUCCUCACCAUCCGUGUUGCCAGUAUUAAUCCCUACGUGAAGGCGUUUGAUAUCCGGUUGAACUCCACAGAGUAUGGGGAGCUCCGAGAAAAGCUCCGUGCUCCCAUCAGCAAUGCAGCUAAUGUUGUGAUCCAUCAAAGCCUUAGUGAUUUAUUUCUAGAAACCUUUACAUCUCUGGUGGAAAUUAACCAGACGUAUUCUGUUCCAAGCACUCAGGAGCUGGAGCCAUGCAUAGGGUGUAUGCAGACUAUCGCUAACAUCAAGCUCAUCAAGAACUGCCAGGAGCCAAACGAAGGGGAAUGCCAGCAAUGCUACUGUCGUCCUAUGUGGUGCCUCACCUGCAUGGGCAAAUGGUUUGCCAGCCGACAGGAUCAGCAGCACCCAGAGACCUGGCUGUCGAGCCAAGUGCCUUGUCCGACUUGCCGAGCCAAAUUUUGCAUUUUAGAUGUUUGCAUAAUACGAUGAAUAAUACUUGGGUAUGUUUUAACUUUUUAAAUUUGAAUGUAUUUCAUAGUGGGUUUGGUUAAAAGGCCUGUUAGAUUUGUUUCUGAGACUUCACAUUCUACAGCGGUGCAAACUCCAGAGCUUUCUUUUACAGCAUUGAAAACAGAUGUAAGUCUUUUCAGUUCCUCUACGUUUUUACUUGUAUCUUUGGGUUUUAUUCACUAGAUGUCAAUUUCUGGAAUUUGUUUUUUUUAAAAAAACAUAUUUUGCUUUCUUAUGUCUUGGAUGGAAUAAGGGUAUCCAUGUGUAUUAGCAGUACUAUUCUCUUUUCAAGGUUGAAUUCUUUAAUUUUUUAAAUUUAACCUGGCGUUUGAUUCUUUAGUAAAGGGCUAACUGAGAAAAUUACUUUGGUUAGACUUCAUUGGUAUUUUUGUUCUUCUCUAAUCCAUUUUUAAAGUUCUUCCUAAUCUUUGCAAGUGUUCACCAAACAAGUAUACUAGUUGUGUUCCUUCUGCUGGUCCCCUCCACUUAUAAAGGGGAUCGGUUUCUAUAGGAUAAGGAAUUUAAUCCCUGAAGAUGUACAACUCCCACAGGGACCUUUUAUCCCAUUAAUCUUCCUCCAGCUUAUUUUUUGAUGGAUUUAUUUAUUUCAAACAACAGAAGGAUUCAGAAACACGCCUCAUUUACCUACACUACUAAUGCUAUGCAUGGUUAAAUCUCUUGGUUUCCAGGAGCUACAUCGCUUAGGGUUUCAAUGCUCUUUAGGUGAUGGACUUUUUAUUAUACAUUUAAAGGGAGGGCAGCAAACAUCUGAACUGUCUAACUACUCUGAAAGAAUGCUCAGCUAUUUCAGAGCCUGUAAGCUUUUUCUGAGGGGUAACCUUUCCCCUGAAAGAGAUGCCAGGAUGACAAAGGUGUAAGUUGCCAUGCUAGACGCCCCAAGAAUAACCAUCAUUAAUGUAGGUUUUUCAGGCUUGCAAUUCAAAGACUGAUCAUAAACAGUAGUCGCUGUUUUAAUAUCUGUAGAGUACCGAUGCACAUUUCUUGAUCUGAUCUGCAUCAGAGUAACUUGUAAAUUAAAAUCAAAGUAUUUUCCAUACAUUUAAAAGAGCCCUACUCCUAGACCUAAAUGCAGCGCUUAGUGUUCUAGCUGUCCAUCACACCCUUCAAUGAACAAUUAUUUGGCAUACUGCUUGGUGGAAAGCCUCAAGCUGCUAGAGAAUGUGUGUUCAAGUUCUUCUGCUGACCUGUGCACUGCAGGUAUUUGAUUGCUUGGGUUGUCCAUCUUAGAGGGGUAGUAACCUCAGGCACCCAGGUGAGUCAACUGGCUAGAGGAAGGAUUAUUUUAAUGCUUUGGUCUAGGAGAAUAAGUCCUAAUACCUUACACCUAUAUAAUCAGAAGGCUUUUAUCAGUAAAUCACUAUCAUAGAUGACAUGCCAGUGGUUAACUGAAAACCUCUUGAUUACCAUGAUUGGCAAAACUGCUUUGAGCAGGAAUAGGUGGCAGGAUGUUAGAAACGGUACAAGUACUGAAAGCACACCAUGGAAGAUUUCAUUAGUCUCAGCCUGGCUACAGGUUGUGUGGUGAAUGCACUGAACUGCACUUAGAGCCAGCCAGCCAAGAAAUGGUUACGACUGUGGCUGCAAGCCGUAUUUUGGAGAGGGAUAAAGAGUUGAGAACAGAUUUGACAGCAUCAUUUGAGAACCAGCAUGUAUGUUAUAUAGUUGGUGUUGGGAUUUUUGUUCGGGUUUUUUUAAUAAUACACAUUUAUAAAGUCCAAACUGUUUGGGUGUAAGGACACUAAUUGCUUGAGCAUAUCUCAGUUGUUACAUAUACAACAUUCACUAUGCAAUUAUCUGUACUACCUAUUAAUAAGGGUAAUUUUUCUGGUUUUCAUUACCUGUUGUUUUGGACUGUAUAGAGUGAAAAUUUGACACUGAGACUGAUUUCGUCUCUCUUUCCCAGAGAGAUCUUAAGUGGCAUGUCCCUUUAAUUAAAUUGAGUUCCUGAGUUUCAGACAGAUUUGUUGACAAGUCUGAAAAUUAAUAAAAACUCAAGGAGCUGAUCAGUGAUUUAAUUUAAAAUAUUUCCCACACUUCUGUGGGAAAGUUAUUUGGAAGUUUGAAAUGGUCCCUGCAGGAUUUUUUAACCUUUGGACUGGGUGGUGUCAUCUGACAUGCACCUCCUCACCACACAGCAGCCUUUACAAAUAAGCCUUUUGUACCAGUUACUUCUGGGAAGUUUACAUAAUGUGGCACAGAUACAAGGGAUGUGGUCCUUGAAAUAGUUGCAGAAGAGAGGGUAGGAUUUUGGAGCUGUGAUUUUGCCACUGACAGUUGUUCAAUUCCUACAGUUCUUUUCCUGUUUGGAGUGAAAAUAUUUAUUGUAAAGAUUGUUGAAGUUAAAAUUGAAAAGGCCUUGAGAAACUUAGAUACAUGUAGUUGCAGCUGGUUUUAUACAAGAAAAACAGGUCAGUUGCCAGUAGUAUCUUGUGUAAUAAGAGCUUUAGUCUCCUAAUUCCUUGUGCAGUGGAGUUGUUCUUUACAGAAAUCUACUUUGAAUUGAUUGGAAGUUUUAAUUUCAGAGGAACUUUGUUUUUAUUCAUUUUACUUCUUUUGCCAAUGUAACAGUACAACAAAGAAACAGUCAUACGUGUAUAUUGCAUCUUUUAAUGGUAGUGCUCUAUCCACAGAAGUGCCUCUUAGAAAACUUAGUAAUAAUUACCAAAAUAAAAUUGUGAUUUAUGUUAGUAAUAGUGCCUGGCUUACAUUCCUUAAAACAAGCUUUUUUUUCCAAGUUUAAAUUCUCAAAGUGAUCUGGCAUGCCUCCAAAGUUUGUAAGCUUCUUAAAGGUUGCGUUAGAGGACCAACUUGUUAAAAAUCCGUAUGACAUAUUCUUCUUAGAGAUGGUAGAAGGAGAAACUGUGACCUCUCCCUGCACAGUCAUGUGAUAUCUUAUUUGUCUUGAAUAAAUCACUAAAGAUGAAAAUAAGAGUAUAAAAAUAGCCAUUUGUCUUUGUAACAGCUUCAGGUCAUCAUCUGAAGAACCACAUGCCCGUAUAGGGCUGUUUCUAGAGAUCAUCUCUGUUAGCAGUAAAAAGAAAUAAAUUGCCUCCCACCCAAUCUUGGUAUGUUUCUUAAACAUAAGGAUAGGGUUUAGAAUCAGUCUUUUUACAGCACUUUUCUAAGAAAAAAAUGAACCAAGUAAUGCGAUGGGCUAAAAUAUUUACUUAAAGAAUUUUCUUGAAUUAUUAGUGAUUUAGUCUUGCUUUUUCAGCUGUGUGUAUGCUUUUCCACAUCACUGACUUGUGGGUAGGCAAUGUUAGCAAACUGAAGUACGUUAUAUAAAUGUCAUGUCAUUACAAUAAGACAAUCUGUAUGUGGGUGCACAGUGUCAGUAUAAAUACUCCAUAUGUAUGUAUACAUCUAUAGCCCAAAUUUCCAUAUGUGCUGCAGCUGAACAGGCAUUUCUGAAAACAUGGGCUGUGGCUUAUCAUUUAUUUUCACAGUUGUGCGAUUUCUCUAAUUGUAGCAUUCCAGAAACUGGCAAGAUAUGUUAUCUGUUGAUUUUUCAGGUUAGCAUAGUCUGCAAACCCAAAAAAGGCAUUUUGUCCAAGCAGGAUAUAUUUUGAAUCCACGGUAUGAGUGCAGUUGUUUCCCAUGAGGCUUGCCAUAACUUCAAACCAAACUACCAGGUUACUGGUGUGAUCUUUUCAGUAUGAGUGGCUUUAUUGUGUUGGAACUCGGUAAACUGCAGCUACGUGCCAUUCCAGUCAGGCUAAACCUCAGUUAAGACAUAACUGACUAAAGUUCUGAGUGCUAUUUCUUAAGAAAUGUUGACUUUGAGAUAUUUAAGGAGUUGAGAUAUAAAUAUUCAAGCUCUUACAUGCAUUACGAGACAUUUGCUUCCAAAGAUACACCGCAGGGUUUGUUAUUUGUGGCUGGGUUUUUUUUAACCUAGACAGCAUACCUAUUUUAACAUGGACAGUAUUAUUUGGAUAGCCUUUAAGGAAAAGGUCUAAUGAAUACAUGUAGUUAAUCUUAAAACUCUCUGAAGAGCUGAAUAAAAAUAAAAUUGAUUU